AUGAGUGACGAAGAAACUGAAGUGGUAGUUGAAACGUCAGAUGAAAAUCAUCCUGCAUUAGUAAUUCUUUCUAACCUCCUUGAAAGCGGACAGAUCACACAAGAUGUCUUCAAUACAAUGACAUUUAAAUUUAAAAAAUUACAUCAAGCAUUUACACAAUCCUGUUCAACAGAGCAAAUAUUACUUAGGAGGACAAGAGAGUUAAAUAAGGAAUUAAAAGCUCAGAAAAAUACAAUCCAAAAUUCUGCAACACAGCAAGAGGAACAUAGAACGGCAUUGACUGCUUUGCGUCAGCAUGUUACUAAUAUACAAGCAGAAUUAGAAGCAACGCGUGAACAGAUCGAACAAACUCAAGCAAAUACAAAAGUUAAACAGAAAGAAGCAGAUAAACUUCAAGAUAAAGUUGCUAAAGCUCGUGAUGAUAAAGAGCUUAAGCUUGAACCUCUCAAGCGUCAAGUACAGAUAGAAAAUACAAACUUAGAACAACAAAUUCAAUUUUUGCAGAAACAGAUCGAAUCAUUAAAAGCCGAAGGCCAGAGCCUCUUAAACUACAUACAAGCAGAUGAAGAACAGCUCGUUGAACUCGAGAAAAAGAAAAGAGCUGCAAAUCAGAAAAUGUUCGAAGUUGGCGCACAACCAAACAAAACGCGUGCCAAAGCCAACGCUGUCGAAUCCUCCCAUAAUACUAUGCUUACAGAAGAGAAAACAGCUACAAAUCAGUGUAUGCAACUCGAAGCUUCUUUGCAAACACUCCACAACCAAGCCCAUGACUUAGAAACAGAGAACCAACAUAUCCUGAACGAUAUCGAUGGUAUGGUUCUUGCUACAAAUGACAUGAAAAUGAAAGCUGAAGAAUUAAAGACAAAAUGCGCAGAACAAACGAAUACAAAGCAGCAAAGAGAGUUCGAAAAUCGCAAGAUACAAAAGCAGAUCACAGAAACAAACAAAGAAAUCGCUGCUAUUGAGGCAAAAUUAGAUGUUGGCUCAAAAGAUAUCGUAAAGAAAGAGAAAGAAGCUCAAAAGCUAGAGGAAGCUAUAGCAAAUCAGAUCCUCGACAAGAAAGCUCUUGAAGGACAGUUAAACACUCUAAAUCAAGAUCAACAAAAAGAAGAAGAGAACAAUAAGAAGAUGCACGCCCAAUACGAGAAGGCUAUGGCUGCUUCUCAGGCCGCCCUUCAGCAGAUUGUUCAGUUAGAAGGCGUAACUGCAGAAAUGAUGGCAGAUAUCAAAGCCGCUGUUCAAGAUAAGGACAGAAAACAAGCAAUUCACGAUCAGUUAUCUAAGAAGGAACACGAAAUCGAACGCCAGUUAACAGAAGCUUCACUUAUUAGAGAUAGAAAAGCAAGAGAAAUGGCUGCAAUGAAGAAGAAGACUGUUGAUGCUAAAAUACAAGCAAAGGAAGUCAAUUUGGACUAUCUUGACCUCUGCAGAAAGCAAGAAAUGAUUAAUCAGAAGUUGAAAGAAUAUUCAGAACUUUACGAAAAAGUGAAACUCGAUAGAAACCGUUAUGUAAACAUCAUCCAAACUUCGAAACAGUUAAUUGUUGAACUUAAAGAGAAAAUAAGAAUUCUAGAUAACGAAGUCGAAGUUUUGAGAAAAGAAUUCGAAGAUAUCGAUGAUGAAGUCAAGCUAAAGAAGGCAGAACUCGAUCAGGCAUUCAAGAGAAGGAACAGUACUAAGUCAGAACUCAAGAAUGCUCAACUUCGCAACCAAGAUUUGAACCAGAAAAUUGAUUUCCAACAAAAUGAAACUAAACGUUUGGAAAGAGUCCUCAGAAGUGUCGAAACAGACAUCAAACUCAAGCAUAACGACUGGAAGAAGCAGACAGCUUCAUGCCAGGACAAGCAAAGAGAAUUAAUUGACUCUGGCGACAAGAUGUGCAUCUUGCGAGAGCAAUUAAACACUCACGAGAACAUCCUCAAGAACGGUGAAGUCGCUUUGAAGGAAAGAGAAGAAGAAACAAAGUUAUUAGGUCUAAGAUUAGAUGAUAUCCAGAGAAGAAUCGACAUUAUGUGCAGAAAAGUACCUCAAGUCAGAGCUUAUGACAAUGAAAUUGCCGAUCUUGACAAACAACUCGAUCGCGAGCGAAAAGAUGUUGAUGUAAUUACAAGAAAGCUCGAAAAUCCAGAUGAGCAAGCCAGACCACGUAAAUACAAUGGCAAAGACUUCACUCUCCAAGAGCUUGACAAGAAAGUUGCCACUUACGAGCAAAGAAUCAACGAAAAAGGCCAACAAUUAUGGGAAAAACAAAUUUUGUUGGAUGAAAUCAACCAAAAGAUCGAAGCCCUUCAAAAAGACUCCCAAAAGGAUGUUUCCAAGCAGGACAAAGUCUUCCGCAAGGGUGGAGAGAUGAGAGCUGAAUCCAUGUCAUUAGACAGGAAAUACAAAGCUGCUUGUGCGGAAAUGGCUUAUUACGAAGGUAUGAAACAAGUCUUAGAACAGGAGAAACAAGACAUAGUAGAAGAAAGACAGAUGGCGUCAGAAAGAACUACUCGCGGUGAAGCAUUUGAUGACACAGCGAGAAAGAUCCUUCAGAUGCACCAAAGAGAUAUAGAAUCGAAAGGAAUGCCUAGAAAGAAGUCCGAAUUCGAUUCUGAUGAUGACGAUGAUGAAGACAAAAAACCAGUUUCUAGGAGAUACACUGCUUAUAGAACUUCUGAUGCAAUGCUUAUGCCAUAUGGUGCUUUCCCUGCAUUCGCUGCUGCUCCUCCUUCUGGACAAUUAAGACAUUAUAGAAAAGAAACACAAAGACCAAUCGAAUUGUAA